AUGGCAAACGAUAUCAACAUUCAAGGAUAUCGAUUCAACUGGGCUCUAUCAGUAUUCUAUAUUGUCUACCUCUUGGUCGAGGUACCGAGUAAUAUAGUACUCAAACGGGUCGGGCCCCGGUUCUACCUACCAUUCCUUGUUGUCGGCUUCGGUCUUGUUUCUCUUUGCACGGCUUUCGUCACUUCGUUCGAAGGUCUUGUCGUAGCGCGCGCCAUCCUCGGUCUCUUUGAGGGCGGAGCAAUGCCGGGAUUUUCCUUUUUCUUGAGUAGUUUCUACAAGAGAGAAGAGCUGUUGUUUCGGCUGGGCAUCUUUAUAUCAGCUGCUUCCAUUGCUGGCGCCUUUGGCGGACUCCUCGCAGCUGGUCUCUCUCGGAUUCCGCCUUGGGGUUUCGAUAGCACGCCCAUCCAUACUUGGCGCAACAUCUUCUUUUUCGAAGGAUUCGUCACCGUCCUCGUUGGAGGUUUCGCCCCCCUUUGGAUGCCUACGAACCCAGCCACUGCCUACUUUCUCGAUGACCGGGAACGAAAGAUUGCUGUGGAACGCCUACAGUGCCAACAAAAGGCCAGUGCCGAGGAAAAGGUGAAGUUGGGGGACGUCAAGAGGGCUGUCAUGUGCAUCCACAACUACACGUGUGCCUUUGGCUUCUUCUUGAUCAAUAUCACCGUACAAGGGCUUUCCGUCUUCAUGCCAACAAUCCUUGCUGACUUGGGCUGGACGGCCACCCAAGCACAACUAUAUUCUGUGCCACCUUAUGUCGUGGCUGCUCUUACCGCCAUCACGAUUGCGUGGUUCAGCGAUAAGACACGUCAGCGCGGUAUCUACCUGGCGGCGUUUUCCUUUAUUGCUGUGAUUGGAUUCGCUAUUCUGAGAUUCGAAACACGAGCAAAUAUCAGAUAUAUGGCGGUGUAUUUUGUAACAGCAGGCGCUUUCCCUGGUGGUCCCGGAUUUUUGAGUUGGGCAAUCAAUAACUCGGCGGGGCCUUCUGUUCAGGCAGUUACGAGCGGGUACGUUGUAUCGAUCGGCACCAUCGGCGGUAUUGUCGCAACGUACGUUCAGCUCCAGUAG